AUGGCCAAUACAAAAGUUGUUACUCGCGAAUACACUGUCAAUUUGCAUAAACGAUUACACGGAGUUGCCUUCAAAAAACGAGCACCACGUGCAGUGAAAGAAUUGAAAAAAUUCGCCGAAAAAAUGAUGAAAACACCUGAUGUUCGUAUUGAUUCGAAAUUAAACAAAGAAAUUUGGUCACAAGGAAUCAAUCAUGUUCCUUAUCGUGUUCGAGUUCGUUUAGCUCGACAACGUAACGAAGAUGAAGAUUCACCAAACAAACUCUACACAUUAGUUACAUUUGUUCGAGUACCUUCAUUUAAAGNAUCGAAAACUUCUCAUUUACCUAAAACAACAUCUUUAUCAACAGCUGAUCCUUGGUUAAUGGCUAUACAUUAUCUAUCUCAAUCAUCAUCCACUGCAGCUUUAGCCAAUGCAUCAAAUUGGUGUGCAAAAUGUUCCAUACAAUUUCGUUUAACAAGUGAAUUAGUUCAUCAUAUUCGUGUUCAUCAUGCAACACGACGUAAUCAUCAUCAUCAUCAUCAUCAUUAUCAUCAGUUAUCUCCAGAGUUAUCAACAGCACGAAAAACAGUUACAAAUUCUUCUUCAUCAACAAGUCUUACUUGUCAUAUUUGCUGCGAGACAUUUCGUGAACGACAUCAUCUUACGCGUCAUAUGACAUCACAUCGUUAA